CGCUGUCCGGCGCCUCAGACCCCGAGGACGCGCACAGGGACCCUCACGGACUCACGCAAGGGCGCUGCGCCGAGCGCUCCUCUCGCGCGCCGAGGCUGCUCGACCAUGGCGGACAAGGAGGCUGGCGGCGGCGACAGCGGGUCCCGAGAAACGGCCCCCACCUCUGCAUACUCCUCUCCAGCCCGGAGCCUGGGGGACACAGGAAUAACGCCCCUGUCCCCGUCCCAUAUUGUGAAUGACACGGACUCCAGCGUCUCGGAGCAGCAGGUGUUUCUCGUGGUGGUGGCCAUUGACUUUGGGACCACGUCGAGCGGCUAUGCCUACAGCUUCACCAAGGAGCCAGAGUGCAUUCACGUGAUGAGGCGAUGGGAGGGAGGCGAUCCUGGGGUGUCCAACCAGAAGACGCCCACCACCAUCUUGCUGACCCCCGAGAGGAAGUUCCACAGCUUCGGGUACGCCGCCAGGGACUUCUACCAUGACCUGGAUCCCAACGAGGCCAAGCAGUGGCUGUACCUGGAGAAGUUCAAGAUGAAGCUGCACACCACUGGGGACCUUACCAUGGAUACAGACCUGACGGCGGCGAACGGCAAGAAAGUCAAAGCCCUGGAAAUCUUUGCUUAUGCCCUACAGUACUUUAAGGAACAGGCUCUGAAGGAGCUGAGUGACCAGGUGGGUUCGGAGUUUGAGAACUCUGAUGUCAGAUGGGUCAUCACGGUGCCUGCCAUCUGGAAGCAGCCGGCCAAGCAGUUCAUGAGACAAGCCGCCUACCAGGCGGGCCUGGCCUCUCCCGAGAACUCAGAGCAGCUGAUCAUUGCCUUGGAGCCCGAGGCGGCCUCCAUCUACUGCCGGAAGCUGCGGCUGCACCAGAUGAUCGAGCUGAGCAGCAAGGCAGCCGUGAAUGGGUACAGCGCCAGUGACACAGUAGGAGCGGGGUUUGCACAGGCUAAGGAACACACACGGCGUAAUCGGCAGAGCCGGACCUUUUUGGUGGAGAAUGUCAUAGGAGAAAUCUGGUCUGAGCUGGAGGAAGGUGACAAGUACGUGGUUGUGGACAGUGGCGGAGGCACCGUGGACCUGACAGUCCAUCAGAUCCGGUUACCAGAGGGACACCUUAAGGAGCUGUAUAAAGCCACAGGUGGACCCUACGGAUCCUUAGGAGUAGAUUAUGAAUUUGAAAAGCUCCUGUGUAAGAUAUUUGGAGAGGAUUUUAUCGAACAAUUCAAAAUCAAACGUCCCGCAGCCUGGGUUGACCUAAUGAUCGCAUUUGAGUCUCGCAAAAGAGCUGCUGCCCCAGACCGAACCAACCCGCUGAACAUCACCCUGCCCUUCUCGUUCAUCGACUACUACAAGAAGUUCCGUGGGCACAGCGUGGAGCACGCCCUGAGGAAGAGCAAUGUGGACUUUGUGAAGUGGUCCUCGCAGGGCAUGCUGCGGAUGAGCCCGGAUGCCAUGAACGCCCUCUUUAAGCCGACCAUCGACAGCAUCAUUGAGCACCUCCGGGAUCUGUUUCAGAAGCCCGAGGUGUCCACGGUCAAGUUCCUCUUCCUGGUGGGUGGCUUUGCUGAGGCACCGCUGCUGCAGCAGGCGGUGCAGGCUGCCUUCGGUGACAAGUGCCGGAUCAUCAUCCCCCAGGACGUGGGCCUCACCAUCCUCAAGGGUGCCGUCCUCUUCGGCCUGGACCCCGCAGUGAUCAAGGUGCGCCGGUCCCCGCUCACCUACGGGGUGGGCGUGCUGAACCGCUACGUGGAGGGCAAGCACCCGCCCGAGAAGCUGCUGGUGAAAGACGGCACGCGCUGGUGCACCGACGUCUUCGACAAGUUCAUCUCGGCAGACCAGUCGGUGGCCCUGGGCGAGCUGGUCAAGCGAAGCUACACCCCCGCCAAGCCCUCGCAGCUGGUCAUCGUCAUCAACAUCUACAGUGCCGAGCACGACAGCGUCAGCUUCAUCACCGACCCCGGGGUGAAGAAGUGCGGCACACUCCGCCUGGAUCUCACGGGUACCAGCGGUGCGGCGGUGCCCGCCCGGAGGGAAAUCCAGACCCUCAUGCAGUUCGGGGACACCGAGAUUAAGGCCACGGCCGUUGAUAUAGCCACCUCAAAGAGUGUCAAAGUAGGGAUCGACUUCUUAAAUUACUAACCGCCCCUCCCUGCUGCCUGCCCCCUUGGACUCAACUCAUCUGCAUCCGCUGACCUUAGCCUUGACCGUCCUGUCCCUGACCUUGACCCCUUGCCAUCGUCUGCCCAAAUUUCAUCAGGGAAGCUGAGAACAACCAGGGCCAGGAACAAGGAGGGAUUUCUGAGUCACCGGAGUCAGGACAACGGCCAAAAGUGGAAGUUGAGGUUUGGGAAUAGGAAAUUUCAGGACCCUAGGAGAGCAGCUCGUGUCCAUAGCGACAGAGUGGAGGGAGGACCCACCGCGUGACAAGGCGACCGGCGCCUGUUCGCAGCAGCUGCCGUCCACACAUCGCUGCUGAGCCGAACUCCGGCGGAAGCCCUGUGGCAUCUUCCUAGGUUUCAAGGGAGAUCUCUGAGCCAGGGGGAGAUCUUUAUCUGGGACUUUCGUUUUGUCCUUAAUGUUUUUUGGAUGGCAGUCAACACAGAAUGCCACCCAUCUGCAGCUAAUUUCUUUUCAUCGUGGUGGGAUCAGAAGUGGUGAUUCAGUGGGAACUUGGCGCGAUGGUAGCUGGUGGGAGAAGACAGCCUACACAGGGCACUAUUUUAGGUUCUCAUAGAAUUUAAAUUCCAAGGCAGCUUAGCAAAGGAAAACUGCAGCCUUGGCUCCCCCGCUGGGACUGCCAUGAGUGGGAGCGCGCACUUCAGCUUUUCAGCAGGUGGAAACUUGCUCUGAUGUUCAGGAGUUACUGACAUAUCCCAAAUUAUAUUCAUCCCCCUCCUCCAUGGGGGAUUUAUUCCAAGACCUCCCACUCCAUCCCCUCGAAGUGGGUGCCUGCAAACUGUGCCUAGUACUGAAUUCUAGCUACAGGGGUCUUCCAAAAGUUUGCAGGAAAUGGAAUUAAAAGAUAAUGCAAAUUUUCCAUGAAAUCCUGGAAGUCCUCGUCAUAAAAUAUGUAUGUCUUUUUCCUAUCUAUACAUACACAUGAUAAAAGUUUAAUUUAUAAAUUAGGCACAGCAAAAGCUUAAAACAAUAAUAAUAAAGUGGAAUAAUUACAUUAAUUAAUGUAAUGAAUAAUUACAUUAAUCACCUAGGGUUCCCUUUGGAAGAGAGCUGACCCGUGGUGAGUGACACCCUAGUCCACUGUCUGAGUGAGUGAGCUGCCUCCCUACCCCCUGCCUUGGGGGUGGCGCUUUCAACUGUUCUGGGAAGGGCCUGGGAGGAAAAGAUUUCAGGGGAGAAGAACUAAGAACGGGGCUGACCCCUGGUGGGCUCUGUUCUCUCCUGUUUUCUCCAACAUCAGGAACCAACUAAGAAAGAAAGAAUCAAGAAUCUGACUCACAGCCCAUCUGAUCUGUUCAAAGCUGUGCUUUCCACCUGCUGGAAUUCAUUCCAAUUUUAAAUCACGGGAUGCACCUGAUUGGAUAGAGGAGGGAACCGACUUCGAAUGGGAGUUGGACCCACAGGCCAUUAGCAUAGCAGGCAGAUUUUCAAUCACGUUUCAGAUUUCAUUUUAACGCUUCUGUCUUCUUCGCCUCACUUGCAGCAGAAUUCCAGCUAGAACAGAAAACACCAACAGCCACAGAACUAGGCAGUCUGGUCCCAUGACGUCCAGGCAGGGUUCCACAGCCGGGGACAAAGCCUUUGCUCUCGUCCCCUUGCCGCCUGCUGUGCUUCACAAGCUGUCUCAAGGGUCUCUCUUUGGGGCUGGCAGCCAUGUUCGUCUACAAAGAAGACUUUUCAGCUUAGUUCUGAGUAACAGAAUUUUAUGUACAUACAAUGCCAGAAUCUUGUACAGAAUCUUUAUUUCUACUGUGUUGCUUUUCUUGUUUAAAAAUAACGCUCUUUGAUUGUCGCUGUGGACCUUGCUAUCCCCAAUUUUGCUAUCCCUUCAUUGUGCUCAUGAAUCAUCAAUUUAUGCUGAUGCCUAACUAGGGACUAUGUGCGCGAGAUGGAGCAGCCUACACAGGGUGGGGACCCUCUGAGUCCGUGCGGCCCCUGGAUGAUGGUGUUGUCAGACCCUUGCCCACACACAUCCUUCCCAGAGGCCUAUAGCUUGUAUUUAAAGCAUUACCUAUCAAUCCUCCUGUCCAGACUUGGAGAACAGAAGAGUACAGUUCUGUGCGGGAGCACCUAUAAAACACUUUACAACCUGUGGGGCUGUCAAGCUUCCUUCUAAGGCAAAGCAGUCACUAUACAGGCAAAACGUGGUGUCCUCUGUGUGACGAUUGUAAUUUUCCAAAGCCAAAGGAAGAAGUGUGCAUGAACCCAGCUUUUCUGCUGGGUUAGGUGUAACCGAGAGUAAUGUUGUCAAUCCCCCUUCUUCUUCUCCUUUUUUUUUUUUUUUUUUUUUGCUGAUGUAAAGCCUUUCCUGCCUUGCAUUAAUGAUGUCUCCUCGUCUACUAUUGCUCUUCGAUGAGCUGCUAGAUAUCUGCAGUGUUGGCAAACAGAUGAUGGACAGGGGGUGACAAUUUAAUUAGACUUCCUCCUGGCCCCAGAGAUGCAGCCUGAGUGGCUAAAACUCUUUCAAUGAGAUCUCCAAAGCCACUCCCACCCCUAGAAAUAUUCUAGAAUAAGGACACUGGACAAGUACACUUGGACACAUUUCCUAACCUUAGAACACUUCUAGAAGGCCUGUUGUCUUGACUCGUUUCUCGAUUGUCCCUGGCGUAUUAUCUGAUGGUCACGCUUCUUGGAAGCAGAACUGUCAGGGAUUUCUUUUGUAACUUCCCUUUUUGUACACAGCAGGCAGCAAUACAUGCUGAACGGCAGGACAGGUUACAGACAGGACAGGGGAGAGGAGGCGCCAGAUGGGUGUGUCUGCGGAGUGAGGGCUGAGGGGAGUCCGGAUCACAGAGCCUGCCCCACCCUUAGGAUGUUAUCUAGACCAAGUUUAGCUUUUAGAGCCCAAGUCUGGUUAAGUGCCAGGGUAGCCAUGAAUUGCAUGCACUGCUAUAAGCAGGAGUCCAAUGCACUAUUAGCUGGAGCUCGAAUUUCACAUUGUAGCGAUGUAAUAGCUGUGAUGAAGCUGUGGGUGCCUGUAUGCUGGGAACUGGCCCACGGGGGUGACGAGCCUAACACUGGUGGUCAUCGUGUCACCUACACUGCCCAUCUGCUUGAAAUAGGAAACAUUUAUCCUACAAAUCUCAGCCACUGGGGUCUUGUGCACUACAAGAAAAACCCAAACGUCACAACCUUUGCAGCGGUUCACAACUUGACGGGAUUGUAUCUACAAACUCUUGGCUUCACCGAUGUCUAAUAAAGCAAAACUCUGGAUCUCA